GAAUUCAAAACAUGCUUUAAAUUAUUUUCAAUUAUAGCCAAAAUAACGAGAUAAUAAAAAUGAAUAAAGAAACCAUCGUGAGUUCAAGACCAGACCGCGAAUUGUGGAAAAAAAUAAUCACACCCGGUGACUAUACGAUUGUUCCAUACGAAGAUUCUCGAUGUAAAAUAAAUAUUACCGGUGUUAAAUGUACAAAUGAUAAUGGAAGUUGUGAAAUUGAGACUGAAAGUCGUAUUUUCAGCGCAUCGUUUGACGGUAAUGUGUUAAUUGGAGACUGUGAUUCUUUUAUUGAUAAGGAUUUAGAGUUAGUAUUACAACAAAUGUGUUGUGGAGAAGUGGCUGGUAUCCGAAUGGUGUACAAGGACCAUGCAGGGGUGCUGGUGAAGGAGAUAUCGUGUACCAUCGAAUUGCUGGAAGUUACUGAAGAGCAGCUCAUCAGUGACUGGAGUUCGGAGAGGUUGUUCGAAGCAGCUACACAUCAUAAGGAGUGUGGCGUACAACUGGUGAGAGAGAAAAGAAUAACUGAUGCCUUCCGGAGAUUCAACAAGUCCCUGAAGAUGGUUGUUGCUAUCGAGCCUAUUGACCCUAAGAUCUUUGGUGAUGAAAGAGUUAAAGAAAUAAUAGAUUUAAAGGUAAAAUUAUACAACAAUCUCGCUCACUGCCAGCUUCAAUACAACGAGUAUGACGCCGCUCUAGAACUGUGCAAUCGGGCGCUCAAACAUGAUCCGGACAACUUGAAGGCACUCUACCGACGCUGUGUAGCCUACAGCGGCCUAAACAUGUACGAAGAGGCGUGGACAGAUAUACAGCGUGUACUGCAAAUAGACCCCAACGACAAAGCUGCCCAGCAAAAGGCAAUUUCAAUCAGGCCGAAAGUAGAGCAUAUUAAUAAGGAAUACACUAAUUUAAUAAAAAAAAUGUUUACUUAAUAUAAGAGUAUUUAUAUUGUAAAAUGAUAUAAGGGUAGUGGUUGGACCAAUAUGGAGAAGGAAAGCGUUGGUAAGAGGAAUAUGGAGUCUAUGGGAGGCGGCCUAUGUCUAAGGACAAUCUGAUGACCCUAGGCAGUGAAGUAACAAUAAAAAUAACCAACAUUAAAUUUACUUAUAUAUGGCCUUUAUAACUAUUUUAAACGACUUCGUCCGCGUGGAUUUUAACUUUAUUUUUCUAAAAUAAAAGUAGCAGCAUUACAUCAGCUACCUGCCAAUAAGAGUCCCGUCAAAAUCGGUAUAGCCAUUUCAGAGAUUAACCGGAAGAAACAGACAGACAGACAGAAGGACAAAAAUGAUAAAAAAUGUUAUUUGGUGUACGUACCGUAUUUAUAUUCAUAAGCAUGUAGUAAAAAACGGUUAUUUCAGUAUUACAAACAGAGACUCCAAUUUUAUUUAUAUGUAUAGAUAAUGGAAUGGUGCACCCGCCUGCGCUAACGGUUUACGCUGGCGGGACACCUGUG